CUUCUGCAAAUAUGGGUUUAAAAUAACAAAAAGGCAGUGAAAAAACAAAAGCAAAACUAAACGAGGCGUCCCUACGUGCUUCCUUGCAGUUCCUGACAGUUAACCCAUGAAAAGGUACCACAACAUAACAAUAAUUAUAAAUAUGUGAACACAAGAAAAUUAAAUAUCGUUUUUUCAAAGUUCAAACAGAUCACACCAUGAACCCUUCCUCCACCGACCAACCAAGCCAAGGCCGUGUCAAGGCCAAGGAUUGGUCGACUGAUUUGUGUGAAUGUUGGAUGGACAUAAACUCAUGCUGCUUGACUUGUUGGUGCCCAUGUGUUGCCUUUGGACGCAUCGCGGAAGUUGUAGACAGAGGAUCCACAUCGUGUGGUGUGAGCGGAGCGAUGUACAUGAUCAUAUUCAUGUUGACCGGAUAUGGAGGGAGCAGUCUCUACUCUUGCUUUUACCGAACCAAACUAAGAGCACAAUACAAUCUCAAGGAGAGACCUUGUUGUGACUGUUGUGUCCACUUUUGUUGCGAGCCAUGCGCUCUUUGUCAAGAGUAUAGGCAACUUCAACACAACCACGAUUUCGACUUGUCCAUCGGGUGGCAUGGGAAUAUGGAACGAAAUGCACGACUUGCCGCAUCUGCGCCUUCGGCUCCUGCACUUCAACCGCCCAUGUCUAGAUUGAAUUAGAUUGGUUUAUCUCUAUAUUAACAAUAGGUUACAUAUAUCUCGAUAAACUAUGCAUAUCUAUUUUAGUUUUUUUUAUUACCGUGAUGUUAUUUAUAUUCCUUCAAAAUUUUCACUCAUAUGUUGUGUUGGAUAUUCCGGAUUAAUAAUUAAUAUUCUCUUCGUGUGUGUCA